AAAACUCAUCAAACUCAUCUGCAAUAAUUACUAGUAAUUUUACUGCAUCUGUUACCAAUAUUAGUAAUUCUGCUGCACCUGUUACCAAUACUAGUAAUUUUGCUAUACCUAUUAUCAAUACUAGUAAUCCUAUUACUUAUACUACCUCUAUUAAUCCUGCUACUAAUAUCAGCACCACCUCUAGUAAUCCUGCUACUCAUAUUGCCUCCAAUUCUAGUAAUUCUGCUAGUAAUUCCUCUAUACCUAAUUUUAAUAAUCCUACUAAAUCUACCACUUAUAGUAGUCCUGUUACAUCUACAUCUAGUAGUCCUGUUACAUCUACAUCUAAUAGUCCUGUUACAUCUAUAUCUAGUAAUUCUGCAUCUGUUAAUGCUGCUACUAUAAAACAAGAAAUCAAUUUUCAAGGAAUUCUCACUGAAUUAAUUACUCCUAAUAAUGAAAAUGAAAUGUCCAUAAAUAGUAGCAGUGAAGAAGAAAGUAAUGAAGAUAAAAUAUUAAGUUUAUCUAUGCUUUACAAUAAAGCAGAAUGUUCAGAAAUGCGAGCAACUUUGGCAAAUCAGGCUGAAAUAUGGUCCUGGUAUCGAUAUGUUAAAGGAUUUGAUAGGCGAGUUAAUGAAAUAUUAGAAAACAGUAGGAUAUCUAUAAAUAAAGCUAAAUCUACAGCGUACAAUGAAAUUUUGGCAAAGAAUUCUCAUCUUACUAAGGAUA